GAGAGAGAGAGAGAGUAGGCUAAGCCAUAAUGAGUGUUACUACGCUCGCAGUGUAAAUCAGUUUCACGGCACGAAGAGAGAUCAGCCUUCCCCUGCACGAGAAACAGACUACUAGGGAUUUUAAAUCCCCAUGCGUGGAGUUGAACACUAUUAUCUCCAGUCGGUCAUUACUUGAUCAUUUACUUUUAAAAUGUCCAAACGAUAGACGCUGUAGCACUCUUUGGAAAUUUCUUUUCCGAGGAUAUUUCUCUCAGUGUUCCCGGAGCCAUGGCGGUGGAGGGGCGGCCGGAGCUGGUCGGUAAACGGUUCCUGUGUGUGAGCGGUGAGGAGCCGCUGGGACGCGGGGAGAUCGCACGCUGUGGCUGGCGAGCUGGGGUCAUUCGUGCUGUCACAAGCCGAGACAUCGACACUCCGGACUUUUCGGUCUGUGUGGAGUUUGACCACGAGGAGUGGGAGAAGCGGCAGUGGAUCCGGGUCUUUGAGGACUUCCAGAUCUUUCUGCUGGAGCAGGGGCUGGUGUGGGCGAGUCGGACUGUGGGGGGCCUCCCCUGCCACGGGCCCAACGGCACCAACGGCAAGCCCGUCCUCUGGCCAGCGCUGAGUUUCCGGACACUGGUAGGACAGGCUUCAGUGGGGCCCGUUUCAGUGGUGGAGUUCUUCUCUGACAGACAGCUGGAGUUUCACCCCCGAGAUGUCAUACACCAGCCAUAUCAGGAUGAAGCCGACAUUCUGAGUCCUUUGCUGAGGGACAAUCCCUCUCUCCAGGAGGAGGUUAAAGCCUGGCUCAAACAACAGAAGGUCCAGGAGAUUUUCAUGCAAGGGAAGUACUCACUGAACGGACUGCGAGUGAAAGUGUACAGGCAGGAUUCAGCCACACAGUGGUUCACUGGCAUCAUCACCCAGCAUGACCAACACAGCAGUACAAUGAUCGUCAUGAAUGACCAGGUGCUUGAGCCACAGAAUGUGGACCCGUCGCUGGUGCAAGUGAUGUUCAUAGAUGACGUAGUGCACUCUUUACUGGCCGGUGAGAAUGUCACGGCCAGACGCCGAUCCCGCUCCAACAAGACAAACCCCCCCACACACGGUCACUUGCGAGGUCAGUCGGGCAGCCCGGGCCCCAUGGUGAGCCGGCCAUCGCUAAGCUCCUGCCCCCCUGUGCGCCUGACCUCGGAACGCAGCGCGCCGCUCGAGGAGUAUGGUGGCGAGGAAGAGGAGGAUGAGAGGAUGAAGGAUGGCCGCAGAGGGUCUCCUGACAUCGGGAGGCAUGAACCUUCCAAAAGCAAAUGCAAGCCUGGUGUGAGCAAGAGGAGGAAAGGUGUAAAGGAGGAAGAGGAGGAGGACGGGGAGAGGAAGGAGGGGACUAAGCGUCACCGAGGACUCAGCGGCUCGGACCCCUACGAGAGUAACAACACGGGCGUCUGCCCGCGCCUCCCAGACUCCUCUCCUCCGUUUGACAAAACGCACAAGAGCCACUACGCAUCAAAGCCGCCGGCCAAGCGGGAGAAAUCCCAGAGUCCCGUCGGGCCGGAGGGGUGGACGCAGAAGAAGCACCCCGCCCCGUGGGCUGCCGACGAGGAGGCCGCGAGCCAGUCGGCUAACGGCAAACGGCAGGAGACGGAGAAGCCCCGCCCCCUGCUGAGCCAGCCGGCCAAUCCCAGCGCUCGCUGUAAUGGGGUCGUCAUGGAGACCGGAGCCGCAUUGGAGGAGAGGAGAAGGGAGGGAGUGGAGGGAGGGGCCGAGGAGGCGGAAACCCGACACGACGGUGUGUCUCACUCCGAGGACUCUGAGGCCGUCUCUGCUCUGCUAGCCUAUCAGGAGAGCGAGCGGAUGGUUUCCAUGGAGACGUCAGCCUGCGUCGUGUUCAACGCGCUGCCGGGGGAGUGCGAGCUACCUGACAGUGAACUGCCCUCUGACCCAGAGGUCAAGAGUUCAGACUACGGCACGGCAGAGGCCCCGGCCCCCGGCAGCGAAUCAGAGGCUGGCACCGGGCACCAGGAUGAGCUGGCCACUCGGCACCCCUCACCCCCCGGGCAGGGCGUCGCCCCCGACAACGCUGGAGGGUCAGACAAGCCCAGGUCCCCCAGUGACUCUAGAGCCACUAUCAAAGGCGAGCAGGGGCCGGAUGCGACCCCCAGGCCCAAGAGCAGCCCGCGUCCCAGCAGCCCUCCUGAGGACCUCAGGCCCAGACAGCACGCUGCCACGGACAAGAGCAGACCCAAACCCAGCACGUCCCCUGAGUCGGGCCGGCACCGGAACAAGCGUCCAGGCAGCUCGCCCAACGGUGCAGAGCAUGGGCUGCCGCACUCUGGGUUUAAACCACAGUGUGGCCCUGGGAACCCUACACCGGUCCCCAACCAAACCCCAACCACCUUCUCCAACAAAAGCCCCAUGGCAUCUGCCACCCUCACCAAAACCCAUAUGCCUGUCCCAAUACACACAACAGCAGCCAGCACCAAGCUGCACGCCCACACCCAUACCCACACCCACACAGCUGUCACCCCUACAAAGGCACCAGCUGCAGCUUCCUCCACCAAAAACUCCACCCACGCCGCCAAUCGCAGCACAGUGAGCUCCACCCCUGUAAAGCCCCACGUCUCCCCCAUCACCCCAACCAAAACGCACAGCAACCAGAGCCGCACAUCUGUGCUCAACCCAUCCCCACACAAGAGCCUGGCCAAAGCCUCCAACCACACCACCAACAACACUACUCCAACCAAGAGUCCACUGAUCGUGGACCGCAACGAGCCUUUCACGGUGUACCGCGACCCGGCGCUGGUCGGGGAGGACCCGGACGCCCGCAGCCCCAGGGGAACGUGGCCUACAUCCACCCGUCCCCCCACGCUGGCCACGGCAAACACGCCGCGUCACUGCCGCCCACUCGGCCCGCUCUUCACACCACGCAGCAAGCGUCCGGCAACCCCUCGCUGGACGCCAUCGCCCUCCCCGCAGCCGCCCGGCAGCGCCUCUCUGGCUGGGCACGGUCCGCCCUCCCCUCGCGCCCCUGAGCCGCACCACCUGCUGCCCUCGCUCCUGCCCGCACUGUCCCCGUCCGCUGCCCUGCUCGCCGGACACGGUCCCCUGGGCGCCCUGGGGCUCGGCCCGCACCCACUCGCCCUGCCUCCGAGUGCUGCGCUGCUGGGCCAGACCCCUCUGGGCCUCUACCCCCUCCUGUGGCCACCCUACCCCAAUGGAACACACCCGUACACGGCCCUGGGUCUCAGCGCAGGCAUGACCGAGGGCAGCCUAAAGAGGAAUACCCCCAGCCCUUGGCUGCCCCAGGCCUCCCUGGUGGAGAGCCAGGGCCUGAGGACCCCGGUGCCUGUGAGGCCGGCCAGCGCUGACCCCCACCACUCGGUCAAGAACCACAACCCCCACGCCAGCCCGUCCGUCUCCAAAACCACAGAAGAGGAGAGGAAGACAUUGACAGCGGAUGCCUUACGAGGUGGGGUCAACGCGCAGAUCAAAGCUGACCCGGAUCGCGGCCGAAACAUGGUGGCGAAGAACGGCCAGAUGCACGCGGUCUCGCACGCGCACACACACCGGCCCUUCCUGUCCGACUCACUGCCGUGCCGACCCAAACCGUCACGGGCGGCAGCCUUCGAGCCAGCCGCCGAGCGCUGCACCAGCCGCUACCAGGAGGAGAGCCGGCGCAUCCUGCAGGAGAGCAUCGAGGUGGCCCCCUUCACCGCCAAACUCCAGCCCCCUCCGGGCCAGGAGAGGGAGCCGUUCCCGAGCGCCUCCCAGGGCGUGAAAGGAUGAAAAGAGGAUAGAGGAGAGAGAGAGAGGGAGAGAGAGAGGGAGCUGCACGCGCUCCGAGCCCCUCAGGCUCAGCCGCCGGCGCCGAGCAACUACUACUCGUCCUUGUGCAGCAGCGUGGCUAACGAGCCCCCCAGACGCCCGGCGCACGCCGCCGAGCUCUCCGCUCUCUACGAGCGGCCGGGCAGCAGCCGCAGCGUGAGCCUUAGCAUUAGCGGUAGCACCUUUAGCAUCUCCAGCCACCACUCGCCGCUCAAGGCUCCCCACAGCAAGCCCCCUCCUCUGGUGAAGCGCCACCCCGAGAAAGAGGAGGGACUCCUGGGGAAGAUGAGCGAGCGCCUGGUGCAUCAGGCCUCCUCCCUGGAGCAGCACUCCCAGAGGCUCGCGGAGCGAGGCGGCGCGUUACCGGCGGGCGUCUCCAUCUCGUCCUCCUCGGCGUCCUUUUCCGCGUCCUCGUCGCUCCGGUCCAUGCCGUCGCUCCACCGAGCGCCCAUCUUCCACCCGCCGGCUCCUCCCAUGCCGGCCAGGAAGGAGGCGGGGCAAGGACGGCUGACCCCUCCCACUCUCACGCCCGUGCAGCCCGUGUGCCUGCUUCCGGAACAGCAGCGGCCGCCCACCCUGCAGCCCGAGCUGAAACGGCAGGCCAGCGCAGCAGCCGGGAAACGAGCCUCAGACAUGGCAGCCAAGACUGCACACCAGACGUACCACCAGCACCAACACCACCAACACCAACACCACCAACACCAACACCAACACCACCAACACCACCAACACCAACACCACCACCACGUCCCUGAGGUGUGGAGAGGCCCACAACACCUGGACAAACCGGCCAACGGACACGGAGCUGCCAAGCAGCCGUCCGCCACAGCCUCUGUCAUUGUGCGGCCAUCUUCGGCGAAGGACUCGAGGACGAAUGACCGCCUGAUUUCGGCCCUGAAGCAGCCUGAGCGCACCAGAGCGUCCGGCGAGCACAAGGAGGUGGGCCGCGUGGGUCAGACUAAUGCACCGUCCAAGGAAGGGUGUGCGCAGUACAAGAGAGGCAUCCUGUGGACUCCUCUGGACAGCGUCCACUGCCCCCACACCACCCCGGCGAAAACAGACCACACCAUGUCUGCUGUUGCCAUAGAAACUGGUAGCAAGUCUUACGUCGUGUCCACUGCUGUUUCCAUGGCAACUGGUCAGCCUCCGAGAGACCGCACACCUGUGCCUUGGAGACCGGGACUGGCGGCUGAAGAAGACAGCCGAGGGACCUGCAGGGCUCAUGCUGACAUCACUUCCUCUUCCCCCAUUUCUACUUCCUGUGCGGCCACGCCCUGCCGCUCCAGCGGAGACUUCAUGCACCUGAAGAAGCAAAGGGCCGCCCUGGCUGCCGCCCAGUCCAGGAACAGCGCCCAUGUGGCGGCCCACGCCUCCCACUCGCACGCCGCCUCACAGGCCACAAGCACCGGGCCCCACAAUGCCUCCAGCACCCACCCUCCAGAGAAGGACCCUGCCCUCGGAGCCAGCCCACCCAAGCGCCCCAGGCCAGCGGGCACCAUGCCAGAGGGGGCCUCCCAGAACAGCAGUAGCAGCCCGAGCAACCUCAGCAACGGGCAACCUCCCCCUCAGGCCACCAGCAGCCAGGCGGGCAACCCUGUCCAGAACAACUACCACAAGCUGAAAAAGGCCUGGCUCACCCGCCACCAGAGGAGGACAGCAAAGGCACUGGCGCCCCUGACGCAGCAGGGGGCACCGACGGGGACACGGCUAGCCCUGCCUCCAACUCCACCCAGCCAAUCAGGGGUCAGGACGACAGGAAGUCCUCCAGCGAAGACAGGAAGCCAGGCCCAGACGAGAGGAAGUCCAUGCCGGAGGAGCGAAAAGCCACCCAGGAGGACAGGAAACCACCUCAGGAGGACAGGAAGUCGAGCAUGGACGAGCCAAAGGCCGGCGCUGAGGAGCUGCAAGAACGCUGGUGGUGAGAAGAAGGGGGAGAAGCGCGUGUUCGAGUCCAGCACGGAGAGCGACAGUGAGGAGGAUUCGGGCGACUCGGGCGACAACAAGGGAGGAGACUCCAGGAUGAAGCGACAGCCCAAGCCCACCUUCAAGAAGAAGCUGAACGAACAACAGAAGAAGAAAGGGGACAGUGAGAAGGAGGAGGACGAGGUCAAACCCAACGGAACCUUCCGGAGUGCCAAAGAGAAGACCAGACUUAGGAUGUCCAGCAGCAAUGGCAUCCCUCGCUCGGUGCUGAAGGACUGGCGUAAGGUGCGUAAGCUGAAACAGAGUGGCGAGGCCUUCCUGCAGGACGACGCCUGCGCCGAGAUCGGCCCCAACGUGCAGAAGUGCCGCGAGUGCCGAGUGGACCGUAGCCGCAAGUCGGAGGAGCCCAACACCUCGCCCGUCUUCUGUCGCUUCUACUACUUCAGACGGCUGUCUUACAGUAAGAACGGAGUGGUGCGGGUGGACGGCUUCUCCGUCCCAGAGCUGUCGGACGAAGACGCCGUGAGGGUCUGGACCACGGGUGUUAAAAAUGGCAAUGAGGAGGAGGAGGAGGAGGAGGAGGUGGUGGAGGAGGAAGAGGAGGUCCAAAUGGACCUGGAGACGGCUAAGCACAUCCUCAGCCACAUCGGAGACAAGUUCUGCCAGCUGGUCAAGACUGAGAACACAGCCGUCACAUGGAUCAAAAAAGACACUCAGAUGGUGUGGAAGCGUGCGGUGCGUGGGGUGCGGGAGAUGUGUGACGCGUGUGAGGCCACUCUCUUCAGCAUGCACUGGGCCUGCCACAAGUGUGGCUUUGUGGUCUGCAUGGACUGCUACAAGGCCAGAGAGCGCAAGAGCGCCAGAGAUAAGGAGCUGUACGCAUGGUUCAGGUGUGUGAAGAACCAGCCUCACGACUUGAAGAAUUUAAUGCCCACUCAGAUAGUACCAUCAGAAAUCCUGGCGGAGCUGUUCACCUCCAUGCACUGCACGAGGGAGAAGUGGGCCAUCGCGGCCGGCUGUGCUUGCCCCGAGACACACAACACCCAGAACUCCAAGCGGGCCCCCACCAACGGCGUCUCUUCGGUGCUGACCAGCGGCGCUCUGAAGGCCAAGAGCAAGCAGCCGGCCUGCAAGGUGGAGGUCCAGAACAAGAAGCCCAGCGGACGCAGAGGGCGAGCCAGCGGCGUGUCUUGGCCCGGGGACAAUGGCUGGGCGAUCGGCAAGCUCACUCCCCCCGAGUCCCAGUCGCCGCUCCACUUCCUGGCUGACCUGGCCGAACAGAAGGCCCGUGAGGAGAAGAAAGGAGGGAGGGCACUGAAGCCAGAGUCGGGCGAGCUGGUGGAGUCUCUGAAUGGGAAGUGCACAGACCAGGGCUCGACCCUCCGCGACCUCCUGACCUCCACCGCCGGCAAGCUGCGUCUGGGCUCCACGGAUGCUGGCAUCGCCUUCGCACCUGUUUACAACAACUCUGAGCAGAUGACCAGGCCGGUGCACAGCAUGCCCAACCUCCUGGAUGACAUCAUCGCCUCGGUCGUGGAGAACAAGAUCCCGGCCUCCAAGAUGGCCAAGCUGGGCCUCAAACAGGAAGUGAUGCAAGAUGACGAGGGGAAGGCCAAGGCGCAGCCAAUCAAGACAGAGGACGAGGAGAAGCCGGUGGUGGAGCAGGACACAGCGCCGCCACACGAUUGGCUGGGAGGAGAUGGAGACCACCAACUGCUCUGGCUGAAAGACCCCAGUCACCACGGCAACUACAGGCUGUUCAGGGAAUGCUGGAGACAAGAGAAGCCUGUGAUGGUAUCAGGUCUCCAUAAGCUGUUGACCCCUAGCCUGUGGAAGCCUGAGGCCUUUAGCAGGGAGUCCUCCGGUCACCAUGGCGACCUGCUAAACUGCAGGGAUGGCAGCGUGGCCAGUGGGCGGGUCAAAGAAUUCUGGGAAGGGUUUGAGGACAUGAGCAGGCGGCCUAAAACUGCAGAUGGGGAGACGGCAGUGCAUAGGCUCAAAGACUGGCCAUCAGGCGAGGACUUGAUAACUGCCAUGCCUUCCAGAUAUGACGACGUGAUGAGAAACCUGCCGGUCCCCCAGUACUGUGACCCCGAGGGCUCGCUCAACCUGGCCUCCCGCCUGCCCACCUUCUUUGUGCGGCCCGACCUCGGGCCCAGACUCAGCUGCGCAUAUGGAGCCUUCACAACGCCAGAGCAGAGCUUUGGCACGGUGAACCUGCACGCCGAGGUGUCGGACACGGUCAGCGUGCUGGUGUACGUGGGCCCGGCGCGGGGCAGCGGCGCUCCGUCUAAAACAGCUGUGCAGAAGCGUUUGGAGCGUGAGGAUCUGGAGGAGAGCGUGCGGAGGAGGCUGCGGGACCCCACAGAGAUGCCGGGAGCGCUGUGGCACAUCUACAUGAGCAGAGACCUCCACAGGGUGCAGGAGUUCCUACGCAAGGUGUGGCGCGAGGGUGGCGGGCAGAAGGGCUCGGUGGGCACUGGGAGAGAUGCGGAGGGCGAGUCGGACGGCGAGGUGGAGCCCCUGCGCGAGGGCAGCUGCUACCUGAGUCCGGCGCUGCGCCAGCGUCUGCAGCAGGAGCAGGGCGUCCGCUGCCGCACCAUCCUCCAGUUCCACGGCGACGCUGUCAUCCUGCCUGCCGGGGCCAUGCACCAGGUGCUGAAUCUCCACAGCUGUGUCCAGGUGUCGACGGACUUCGUCUCUGCCGAGCACGCUCACAACUCCUAUUACCUGACCCAGGAGCUGCGCACCUCUAAAGACCUGAUGAACUUUGAAGACAAACUACAGGUAGGCCUUACACUGGACUGUACCACAGCAGACCUGUCAUGGAAACGUCGCCAUAGGUGUCUGGUUUGGAAGACGUGGAAUUGAUUGAUUGAAAAUCUUUAUUGACACAAUGUAUUUUGUACAAAGGAUGAUUCUUAUAUAAAUAAAUGAAAUUACUUUGUACAAUUAUCAGUCAAAAGGGUAAACUCAAUAAAGCCACAGGGCUUAUUUCCAUUGUGGUCCUUAAAAUGUGUGCAUUUGGUGGUGUGUGUCAGUGUUUGCAGGUGUAGGCAUAUGGUGAAGGCGUAUGUCUUAAAGUGAAUGUAAUUAUGUUGGUGGUGUGUGGAGGAAUAAAACAAAAAUAAAACAAGGCAACAAGGAAGGCUUUUACACUGAGGCACAAUCCAUUUUCAUACUCAUUUUAUAGUUGGCAAAGUAGUUGUUGGCAAAUUGGCAAAGGAGUUGUUUUUUUUAGACGAAUUCUGAAUGAGUGAGGGGAGGACUUGUUGUCUUAUUGACACUUUAAAGAUUAUAUAUAAUAAUCUGUUAUUUGCUUAUGAUAACUGUAUAUCUGUGACUGCACUGUAAACUGGUGGCUUUGGCUUGUGGCUAGUGUUUGUUUUUGACUCUGCACUGCAUAUACUGAAAUUCAUUUCACGGUCAUCCUAGCUGCACAUUAGUAUGCCUAGCAUGGUACAUGGCCCACAUUAAUUCAGCCCUGUGUUUGUGUGUGUGUGUGUGUGUGUGUGUGUGUGGAUGAGAUUGUGUGUGUCGGUGUCCACACACACUAAUAUUUACUGCUGCAGAGCAUAGCACAGACAUCUCUGUCCCUGAACUUGUGUGUGUCUGUUCCAUGUAUUCCAGAGUAGUGAAAA